AUGAACUACUCACAGACAACAAUGACACAACGUGUUACAAGAAUGACAAUAAACGUAUUGAAGUAAAUUUUAGCGAGCCGGUGGUAAUCACGUGGGCCAGGGUUGUGUUCAAUAAGUCGGGUACUGAAGAAUAAAGAUACUAAACGUUUAUCAAUUAAGCACUAUUUUGAUUUGGGUUUUAACAAAUCGAUUAUUUGAUUUCUUGAAAGAUCCAUUGGUAUAUUUUUAAAAACAAAAAAAAAAUAAAUUUAAAUGCUAAACCAUAGAAAAAAACUCUCACAGUUUUCUUGAACAAUAUAUUGCCGUCAUUAUGAAUAACAAUAAAUAUAUUUUUUUCGAAAUCAAGUCAGUAGACUAGACAUUGCACAAACAUCACAAUGUCUGCUUUCAGAAAAAUGUAAUAUGUUUUAAUCAACGAUAAAAUCAUUCCCUAAAUACCUAAAAUCACCACCUCUUUGAAACACACACACACCGACACAGUUCAAAUUUCAUUAGUAUAUUAUAUAAAAGUAUUGUAAAAUAUUCAACAUUUCAGCACUGGUAGUCAUUACAGCCUUAGAAUUCACAGCGGUAAUAAACGGAACACAAGUCACCAAGUCGUGCCCAUCCUUCAGGACGCCACACAUAAAAUACAACAGUUUUGAUGUCUUCUGCAUCGGCAAAUUCAUUGUGAAGUCUGUGACUUUAAAAUGGAAAGGAACCGGGCAAGUCUGUUCACUUUACAUUAAUGCAGGUGAGAACCUAAUUGAAGUAAUUGGGAAGAAUAGGUGUAUGUAUAUUUCUUUUUACAGAAUUUUUUUCUUCAUUUCUUUUCGUAUUUUUGUUUGCUGUGUUCGUUGUACUUUCGUAGAGAUAUACACCUACAUGCAUGAUUAAUUAGUUAAUGCACAACUUACUAAUGACAUUAAUAAUGUGUCGCAUUAAUAAAUUUCUUGUUACGUUAGACCGUGUUUCCAUGUUGUCAAGUUGUUUUCUAGUCAAGGAAUUUUGCAAUCAGUUAGGGAUUAGACAAAUUAAUGGGGUGUGAGCUAUUUGGAUCAAACAUGUUUAUGAAUAGAUCAUUAUUUUCACACAAUACACACAUCCAAAAGUAUCGCAAAUGCCUUUAUCAGUACUAUACAAAAUGUGUAUUAUUUGGAAUUGAAUGUGCAUAAUGUAUGUGUUUCCUACAUACAACUGAAAUUGAAAGAUGAUGAAAUGAUACAAAUUUGCGUAACGAAAAAUAGGUCUGAAGAACGGAGAGAAAGGGGGUGGAAGUGCAAUGUAUAAAACUUAAUGAAGAAUUACAUUACAUUACAGUAUAGUUAUUUAUAACUUUGAUUUGGUUUAUUUAGUAAAGAGUCAACGUACCAUUUUAAAAAUAAAGGAAAUGUCCAUUUAAAUUCUAUCAGAAGUAUUAUUCGCAUACAAGAUAACAGGAACUGCAUUGUCUAAGAGAACAUUAUGUUUUGAACCAUUGACAUGUUGUUUUUUGUAGAAACGGGACAAAGGCGUGUGUUUUUAUUGAUGUUUGUCAGGUGUACUUAAAAAUGAUAUUCAAGGCUAUGACAUCUCUCCCCUACGUAUGAUUUUCCUUUAUUUUGCUUUUGGUUAAAAAAGUUUGUGUAAAUCAUAUUAUUCAAUUAAUUCAAAUCAUUCAGGGAAAAAAUGAUCUCAUUAACUUCAAUUACAUAGGGAUGUGUUUUGUUAUGGCUACAAUGUAUAUGUGCUUGGAUAGCAGGGAGGUGUCUUUUAACAUGCAUGGCCCUAAUUUUCUUCCUAAAUAGAAAAGAGAAGUUUAUUAUUUUUCAAAAUAAAUAUUAUUGGUGAAAUUUUCUGACAUUAGUUCAUACUUAUGGUUGUUGCAUAUACUUUUCUGAACAACUUUUUUCCACUCUCUAACAAAAUGUUUGUCUACUCUCUAACGAGAAUGACUAAAUAAAAUAUGAAGCAUAAUUUGAAAAUCAUGAUUCUUUAAAUGAUCAUUUUAAUCAAGAGAUCGACAAUUAAAACAAAAAGAUGUAAACAAGUGAUAGAUUGGGGGGGAAAAAUAUUUUUUGUUUUAAUUAGAUCUAAAAUUUCAAGAAAAUCCCAUUAAAAAAAUAAUUUUAAAUUCGGCAGUAAAAAAUUUAAAUAGUUUAUGCAGUAGUAUGUUUUAUCUCAUAGGCCGUAAUGUAGAACUCGGAGGAGCAGCAGUCGAAGGCUGUAACCCCUUAAAACUUUAGAGCAAUCUUUGACGGAAAUAGUGACAUAGAUUCCUCCUUUAAAUUGGACACCAGCUCUAGC